AUGGCGUUAAUGUCAUUUAACCGAAUACCAGAAGGCGAUAGCAGUUCCAAUGAUCCCAAUUGUGUCAAUUUAAUGAUUCGUCAGGAUCCCAAUACAGACAAAUGGUAUUCGGGGGGCUUUCUAAGGGGGAUAGUUGAAUUAAGUGCGCUAGAAAGAUCAUUCUCAUUUGUAAUAUGCCUCUUCGGUUUAGAUCUAAGUGUGAAUUUAAUAGGCAUUGCUGAGAUCGCUUGGCAUGAUAAUCAAAUAAAGAGUGAGAGAAAGGAUCUUCGAAAACUGUAUUACAAUUCAGCACCCCAUCGAGAUCAACGCCAUAUAUACUUUCGUCAAAAGGUGUUGUUGGCCAAUAAGGAAGUCGAUCCCACAAAUCAGUUGCUGGAAAUCCCCUUUGAAAUUUUUAUAGAUGAAGAUUGCAUCUCAACUUGCAGCUUUGAAUUUGGAUUUGUUGUAUACAAGCUGAGUGCAACAUGUAGAACCUACAAGGGCACCAAGGUUCUAAAGCAAAACGUGCAAAUAAUGCAAUUGGCAGAUUGUCCCAUGGAGCGGCCCUUUCUAGAAAUUAGAGCUAAACGAAACAUUCAGCUGCAAACUUCUUUGCAAAAGAAAUUCUUUCAACCAGGCGAAACUGUAAACAUUCAAACUCAAAUCCUAUUGAAUUCCCAUAAGACAAGGCCUCAUAAAAUUAUCAUACAAUUACUGCAGUACAUCACCUAUAUGCAUUACUGCAUCAGAUAUCGAAAAAAUGGAGAACCCUAUGACUCCUAUGAAUAUCUCAACCAGCAAAUGAUACUCAUCAAUGACGACUUGGCAUCGACAGCCAAGCUUUUGGAGCAGGAUACUAGUAUUCAGCACAGCAUUCUACUACCCAAUGAUCUUGUCCCCACCACUCAUUUAACAAGUUCCAUUAUAAUCAGCAUACAUUAUGACAUAAAGGUAAUACUUUUGGAUGACAAAGAUGAGGAGCUACAUUCCCAGCACAUACCCUUUGAUGUUUUUCUACAGCGACACAGGGAACAGCAUAUCACAUUAAGAGAACAAGACUCGUACAAGAAGGAAUGUUGCAAGUUUUACAACCAAAAGCGUUUUAACUUUAAAGAUGGAUUUAGUAGAUUAUUUAAAUAA